AUAAUGACACGCUUCUCCGGUAAUUAAGAUAUUAAUUAUCCCUUAAGUACAAAGCAAAUCUUAUAUGGGGAGUCAAUAGAUAUUUAGAUCUGAUCAUUUGGAAGUAAAACUAGUUGAAAGGUUAAGAAGAAAAAAAAAAAGGACAGAGAAAGAAUGGCAGAAACGGAGCAAAAGGAGGUAGAAGAAACGGGAUCGUUGAUCUCAGGCUUGUUGGAUAAAGCCAAAGGUUUCUUUGCCGAGAAGCUUGCUAAUAUUCCGACGCCGGAAGCCACCGUGGACGACGUAGACUUCAAAGGUGUGACUCGUCAAGGAGUUGAUUAUCACGCCAAGGUCUCCGUCAAGAAUCCUUACCCUCAACACAUCCCUAUUUGCCAGAUCUCUUACAUCCUCAAGAGUGACACAAGGAUGAUAGCGUCUGGAACAAUACCUGAUCCGGGUUCGUUGAUCGCGAACGGGUCCACGGUUCUGGACGUACCGGUGAAGGUGCCUUACAGCAUAGCGGUGAGUUUGAUGAAGGACAUGUGUUUGGACUGGGACAUUGACUAUCAACUCGACAUUGGACUGACCAUCGACAUUCCUAUUGUUGGUGACAUUACCAUUCCUGUCUCUACUCAGGGUGAGAUGAAGCUCCCUUCCCUUCGCGACUUCUUUUAAUCAUCUCUAUAAGUUAUAAUCUGAUUUUCAAUAAGUACGAUCCUACUCGGAUGUUUCAGUUGUGGACUCUUGUUUUGUCGGCUUUGUUGUUGGAUUAAUAAGGUCUUUUAUUUGGUUAUGUAUGUGUUCCUUUGAACAUUUUGUUGGUAAGAGUAAGAAACUACAAGAUGUCACAGUUUGAACAC